AUGCCGACAGCCACCAGGAGCUGGAAGAGGCAAGGAGGCAAGGGAGCCCUGCGUUUGUUGCUCUCCGUUCUGCUCCUCGCAGCCUGGAAGAUUGGGAGUGGUCAGGUCCACUACUCGGUCGCCGAGGAGGCCAAACACGGCACCUUCGUGGGCCGCAUUGCCCAAGACUUGGGGCUGGAGCUGGCAGAGCUGGUGCCGCGCCUUUUCCGGGUGGCGUCCAAAGGCCACGGGGACCUUCUGGAGGUAAAUCUGCAGAAUGGCAUUUUGUUUGUGAAUUCUCGGAUCGACCGGGAGGAGCUGUGCAGGCGGAGCGCGGAGUGCAGCAUCCACCUGGAGGUGAUCGUGGACAGGCCGCUGCAGGUUUUCCAUGUGGUGGUGGAGGUGAAGGACAUUAAUGAUAACCCACCGGUUUUCAGAGCAAGAGAACAAAGGUUAUUUAUUCCUGAAUCUAGACUGGUGGAUUCACGUUUCCCGAUAGAGGGCGCUGCUGAUGAGGACAUUGGUACCAACGCUCUUCUAACUUACACCCUCAGCCCCAGCGAUUAUUUCUCUUUGGAUGUACAGGCAAGUGAUGAACUCAGUAAGUCACUUUCACUUGAAUUGAGGAAAUCUUUGGAUAGAGAAGAAACACCAGAACUUCAUUUAUUAUUGACAGCCACUGAUGGGGGCAAACCAGAGCUGGAAGGUACAGUUCAGCUGCUGAUCACAGUGCUGGAUGUUAAUGAUAAUACCCCAUUGUUUGCCCAGGCUGUGUACAGAGUCCAUUUAUUAGAAAGUACAGCAAAUGGAACAUUAGUGACUACAUUAAACGCCUCUGAUGCCGAUGAAGGUGUAAAUGGAGAAAUUGUUUUUUCCUUUGGCAGUGAUGUUCCUCUAAACAUUCAAAAAAACUUCAAAAUUGAUUCCAGCUCAGGAGAAAUUAGGCUAAUUGGUAGACUGGAUUAUGAAGAAACAAAAUCCUAUGAAAUUCAGGUAAAAGCAGUCGAUAAAGGAAAUCCUCCAAUGUCGAAUCACUGCAAGGUUUUAGUGAAAGUGCUGGAUGUAAAUGACAAUGCUCCACAACUGGCAAUCACACCUCUGUCUUUGCCGGUCAGAGAGGACACUCCACUUGGCACCGUCAUCGCCUUUGUCUCCGUGUCCGACCGUGACUCCGGUGUCUAUGGGCAGGUGACCUGCUCUCUGAUGCCUCAUAUCCCUUUCAAGCUGGUGUCCACCUUCAAGAAUUACUAUUCGCUGGUGCUGGACAGCGCCCUGGACCGAGAGAGCGUGUCGGACUAUGCUCUGGUAGUGACCGCACGCGACGCAGGCUCGCCUUCGCUCUCCGCCACGGCCAGCGUGUCCGUGGAAGGCGCGUGCGCGCCUGGGAAGCCCACGCUGGUGUGCUCCAGCGCGGUGGGGAGCUGGUCGUACUCGCAGCAGAGGCGGCAGAGGGUGUGCUCCGGGGAGGGCCCGCCCAAGACCGACCUCAUGGCCUUCAGCCCCAGCCUACCUCAAGUUCCAGGCUCCGCAGAAGAAAGACAACAAUCCUCAGAAUCAGAACACUUAGGAAAGUUUGGAUCGAGGCCAGAACGACACAAUAUUUGGAAAAGGCUUGCAAGGGUGUUUUCACGGAGAGAAGGUCCAGGAGCCCGGCGAUUACUGCUUUCGCUUCUGCUCCUCACAGUCUGGGAGACUGGGAGCGGCCAGGUUCAUUACUCAGUCCUGGAGGAGGCCAAACACGGCACCUUCGUGGGCCGCAUCGCCCAGGAUUUGGGGCUGGAGCUGGCGGAGCUGGUGCCACGCCUGUUCCGGGUGGCGUCCAAAGGCCACGGGGACCUUCUAGAGGUAAAUCUGCAGAAUGGCAUUUUGUUUGUGAAUUCUCGGAUCGACCGGGAGGAGCUGUGCGGGCGGAGCGCGGAGUGCAGCAUCCACCUGGAGGUGAUCGUGGACAGGCCGCUGCAGGUUUUCCAUGUGGAGGUGGAGGUGAAGGACAUUAACGACAACCAGCCGGUUUUCCCGGUGGCAGUAAAAAAAUUAUUUAUUUACGAAUCCCGGCCGCCUGGUUCUCGGAUUCCGCUAGAGGGCGCGUCAGAUGCAGAUAUUGGAGCCAAUUCUCUGUUGACCUACAGUCUUAACUCUAACGAUUAUUUUACCUUGGAUAUUAAAAGAAAUGAUGAUAAUAUUAAAUCCCUUGGACUCGUGUUGAGAAAAGUUUUAGAUCGCGAGGACAUUCCUGAACAUCACUUACUAGUAACGGCAGUUGAUGGUGGGAAACCAGAGCUCACCGGAACUAUUCAAGUGAAGAUCACCCUUCUAGAUGUAAACGACAACGCCCCAGAGUUUGAGAGGACCGUCUACAGAGUCAGUUUAUUCGAAAAUGCACCAAACGGUACCCUAGCAGUGAUUGUUAACGCCUCUGAUUUGGAUGAAGGAGUAAAUAAGGACAUUGUAUAUUCUUUCAAUACAGACAUGUCAGCAGAUACUCUUUUGAAAUUCCACUUAGACCCAGUUAGUGGAUACAUCAGUGUAAAAGGUAAUAUAGAUUUCGAGGAAACUAAGUUAUAUGAAAUCCAGGUAGACGCGACAGAUAAAGGAACUCCCCCAAUGACAGGUCACUGCACGGUUCUGGUGGAAAUUUUGGACACCAAUGAUAAUGUACCUGAGUUGGUUAUCAAAUCACUAUCAUUACCUGUAUUAGAAGAUGCUCCCCUCGGCACGGUCAUUGCCCUAAUCAGUGUGUCUGACCGCGACUCUGGUGCCAACGGGCAGUUGACCUGCACCCUGUCACCCCACGUUCCUUUCAGGCUGGUGUCCACCUUCAAAAACUACUAUUCGCUGGUGCUGGACAGCGCCCUGGACCGAGAGAGCGUGGCGAACUAUGAGCUGGUGGUGACAGCACGAGACGGGGGAUCGCCUUCGCUGUCCACCACAGCUAGCAUGUACGUUGAGGUGGCGGACGUGAACGACAACGCGCCGGCAUUCGCGCAGCCCGAGUACACGGUGUUCGUGAAGGAGAACAACCCGCCCGGCUGCCACAUCUUCCUGCGCUGCUCGGCUCCGCCCGCGGAGGGCGCGUGCGCGCCUGGGAAGCCCACGCUGGUGUGCUCCAGCGCGGUGGGGAGCUGGUCGUACUCGCCGCAGAGGCGGCAGAGGGUGUGCUCCGGGGAGGGCCUGCCCAAGACCGACCUCAUGGCCUUCAGUCCCAGCCUUCCACCUGGUCCCAUUGGCGGGGAUAAAGAGCAGUUGAAUGUGGACGUUGAUCUCUCUGCUAAAGAUUUUGUGGUUAAAAUGUUUGAGUUUCUUUUGACUGUUUUUGAACUGAAUCAGCAGUAA